ACUUAUUACAUCUUUUUAAUUUCCUUCAUCAUCAAUGGCAGAGCAAAGGCAACCAUUCCGUUUCCGACUCCCUUGGCAAACACUACAAACUACUCCAACUCCAACUCCAGCUCCAACUCCAGCUCCAGCUCCACAGCCUUCGGUCGAAACCCAAAGACCUGCCCAACCUACCGCGACCGUCCCGCUUCAGCGGCCACCGUUUAGGCCACCCGGGAUAGCCCCGGUGCUGCCCCCUCCUUCUUCCCAAGCUCAAGCGCCACAAAAAACCGAACCUCAGCUACCAUCUAUUAAUGCAUCCACCGAAAUAACUCAAGCUGUUGUCCAGCCAGCAGCUUUGACAGCUCCUUCAACGACACAAACCCAAGCUGCCUUGCCAUCGCCAUCUCGCACAGCAACUCAAACCCGAGCAAUGGCUUUUGUGCCUCCGACACCGUCCAGUGCAACGCCUCAAUCCCAAGUUGCCUCUAUGCCCUCAUCAACAUCUCAAACCCAACCAGCACCGCAGACAACCUCUCAGCUGCCUUGGUCUCUGCCGGCAUCUCGUUUGUCCUCUCAGCCGGCUGGCCAAACCACAUCACAACCAUCUUCUCCAGCUCGAAAAGCCAAUCAAUUACAACCAACAGGUACAACGAAAUUGCAACCAACAAUUCAAGAAACCUCUACUCCUACUCCUACUCCUACUCCUACUGAGCCCCGAACAUCAGAGCAAGAACUAAAGCCAGCAGUGUCUCAGCAACUAUCACAAGAACCUCAGUCAAAGGCACAAGUACAGCCAUCUGAAACUGUUUCCAAAUCCCAUACCGAGCCACGAACAUCAGAGCAAGAACCAAAGACAGUAGUGUCUCAGCAACCAUCACAAGAACCUCAAUCGAAGGCACAAGUGUUGCCAUCUGAAACCGUUUCCAAAUCCCAAAACCAUACCCCAAUUGAAAGUUCUUCUCAACCUAAUGGAGCGGCAACACAAGCUACAAAAGUUUCACCAACUUCUAUAGUAGCCACAGAAACAAUUGCUCCACCCCAGAAGUUGGAUUCUAAUGCCAUAAUUGGUGGCGAUGUUAAGCCCCUGCCAGAGAGAAAGGUGGAGGAAGAAAAAACAAGUGGCCUAGCUCAUGAAGAACCAACAAAGCGCACAGUCACAGAACUUCUCACUGCAGCAAAAUCUGCUUCUGUAGCAAAGGCUAAAGACCUCGUCAGUGCAGCAUUUCCGGGUAAACAAAAGCAGAAGGAAGAGAAGGAAGAAGCUUUUGACAGAAAGGAGGCAGUGGUCAUCCAAGAACAGAGGACAAGAAAACAAAUGGACAGUGCAAGGUCAAUACAACCGGCUGUUAUCUUCAACGGAGAACAUCUUCCAGUGCAUGAAGAGGUAAGAAAAGAUAUUUUCAAAUUUGUUCAUAAUCUGUCCACUGGUCAAUCAACGGCUGAAAAUCCAGUUAGUGUCAUAACACUAACUGGUGAAAACAGAGGAGCAUCAAUGCACUUAGGCCCAGAGCCAGCCAAGAAAGAAGGAUCCGUCCACAUUCAUCGGGGUUACAAGCUGAACCCAGAUGAAAGCACUGAAGCCACCACCGAUGGAGAGGAGAGCUCUAAGGCUAAAAAGUCGAAAGAUCCAAUGGCCCAGAAUCCGCCAUCAAGGAUAUAUAUCAAUAGCAAUAUACAGAGUGUCAAUAACUCGAUUUUGUUUAACGGUUCUGUUGCUGAAAGGAAUCCUGGCGUUAGUUUAGUUGUAUCUCACAACCAAGAAGAACCCAUCAAAUCAAAUGGUCAGCCGAAGGCUCUUGAAACACGUAGGGCUGAAUUCAACGUCACCCCAGCCGAGAAGCUUACGUAUGAGCCCGCUGUAAGAAGACGAUGCCUCAGAGGCCUUUUCAUGGAACCGAGUGACUCAGACCCGGAUAAUCCUGAAAAGCCCCGCCGUCAUGGUUGCCGGCAUAACUGUGCUGAGAAGGACAAAGAUAAGGAGAUUGGGAUUCACUGAUCAAGUGAUGACGAAAAAUAUACAUAUAUAUAUACUAUAUGUUUGUUGGAACAAUAAGAUAAAGUAUAUAUAUGUCACGUAUUGAUAAUAAGGAUGCUACAUCAUCUAUUGACGUCACACUUUCUACUAUG